UGGUCUGUCACAGAACGGAGCAGUCGCUCGGCGAAGGUUACAUUGUGCACUACUCCGGAGGAGACAGGAGGACGUUUGUGCAAACCCAGGCACAGAAGGUUUUUUUGAUCCGUGCAAUAGACCUAGCAACACUGAAAUCUGAUUCGGGAUUCAUCACUUUUGCUUUUAAGUUUUACUGACAGAACUCGGAAUGGCAGAAAUUGUCGCAAUGGAAGAGGAAAAGGCGGCAAAUGAUAAAGAGCCAGCAAUGGCAAACGGAAUGAUACAAGGCAAUGAGACAGGAAAACCGAAGUCACCGUCGGCCAGAGUGAAAAGGAUUGUUUUGGCGAACUUGCUGGUGAUAUUGACUGUAACCGGUGUUAUAAUCGGCGUGAUAAUUGGACUAUGCGUCCGCAGCGCAGAACUUAAUAAGGCGCAAGUGAUCUACUUCGGGUUCCCAGGCGAACUUCUGAUACGCAUGUUGAAGAUGAUCAUCAUUCCCUUGGUUGUGUGCAGUCUCAUCUCUGGAGCGGCCAGCAUUGAUCCCCAAGCACUGGGCAAAGUAGGCGGCUGGGCGAUGCUCUUCUUUUUAGUGACAACUUUAAUUGCAUCAGCCAUCGGGGUAGUGAUGGCGUUUAUCAUUCAGCCUGGUUCCGUCUCCAAACCCAUGAUCUCGGCAUCCGAUGAAGUGCCACAGGCUAAAGAUGUGAUAGACUCCUUCUUGGACCUCAUAAGGAACAUUUUCCCAUCCAACCUGGUGGCAGCAGCCUUUCAAUCGUAUGCAACCAGCUACAAAAAUGUCACCACAAACAAAAUGAAUGAAACAGGCUUUGUGCUAAGCACCACCUUCGAUCGGGUGCCAGUCGGCAAGGAUGUGGACGGCAUGAACAUCUUGGGCCUGGUGGUGUUUGCCAUCGUGUUUGGUGUGGCACUGCGCAAGCUUGGACAGGAGGGCGAGAUCCUCAUCAAAUUCUUCAACUCCUUCAAUGAGGCCACCAUGGUGCUGGUAUCCUGGAUCAUGUGGUAUGCUCCUUUUGGUAUCAUGUUCCUGGUUGCAGCAAAGAUCGUGGAGAUGGAAGAUGUUGCCAUGCUGUUCACCAGUCUGGGAAAGUACAUCGCAUGCUGCAUGAUCGGGCAUGCAUUGCACGGACUGCUGGUCCUACCACUCAUCUACUUCGUCAUCACCCGCAAGAAUCCGUACCGCUUCCUCUGGGGGAUCUUCACUGCCCUGGCCACCGCAUUUGGGACCUCAUCUAGCUCGGCGACGUUGCCCCUGAUGAUGAAGUGCGUGGAGGAGAACAAUGGCGUGUCCAAGCACAUCAGCCGCUUCAUCCUGCCCAUCGGGGCCACCGUCAACAUGGAUGGAGCUGCUCUCUUCCAGUGCGUGGCCGCUGUCUUCAUCGCCCAGCUCAACUCCGUUUCCUUGAACUUCAUCCAGGUCAUCACAAUCCUAGUGACAGCGACGGCAUCCAGUGUGGGAGCUGCUGGGAUCCCUGCCGGAGGUGUGCUCACCUUGGCCAUUAUCUUGGAAGCGAUCAACCUACCCACCAGCGACAUCUCCCUCAUUCUUGCCGUGGAUUGGCUAGUCGACCGCACAUGUACCAUCCUCAACGUGGAGGGCGAUGCCUUUGGAGCGGGGCUGCUGCAGCACUUUGUAGAUCGCAGCGCCCGCAAAGACGGGCCGAAAGCGCUGGUUGAGGUCGUGUCAGUCAGGCACGAGGACUCGCCCCUCAUCAUCAAGAGCAGGGGCGAGACUGAAGACGGGGCGCCAGUCCGACUCAAUGUGGAAGAGUCUGUCAUGUAGGCAGGUCUGACUUGCUUCACCUGACCCAAAGAGAGUGUCACUCAGCUAGGACAUUCACUCCUUACUUUUGACCAAAUUAUGAAAGCACAUAUCAACUUGAAUACUUCUAUUUUUAAAAGAACAUCAGUAAUCACAAAUAAAUCGCCAUGUGAUAUCACUCGGCCCUGGUCAGGUGUGACAGGUAAGAUUGCAAAAGCUAAUAGCAGGCUCUAAGCUAAGCUCCUCCAUAUUAUUUGGAUGGUGGUUAUACAUUCAAAAAAGAGGAAUAGAUGAACUAACCCUUUUCCGAAGCUCAGUCGUCAUCUGUUCCACAGGGGCUAUAUAUGGGGCUUUGUCAUGUGACACUGGAAGAGGUUAUUGGGUUAUUUCCAACCAAAUUAGUUGCCUGGCAUGGCAAGCAAGGGUGACAUUGAAGGCCAGUAGAGUAGACACAGAGGCACCUGCUCCAAUGUUUGGGCCUCAUGAAAUCAUAUCAUAUUGGGUCCCCAACCCAGACCAACCCCACUGUGUUCCAAUUUUUUUUUAGGGUCCCUGUUCUUCAAGGGGCCUUGAAAUGUCCUACAUCCCCCUCCCCCCACCAUUUUACCGCGCCCCUGAAUAAAAAUGCAUGGUGGUGCUUUAUAUUAAUUUAGUCUGGAUGAUUUAUUUUUCUCUAGCACCUCCUGCAUCCGUUUAUUCAUAUCGCCUGAGUCGGUUCAAACCAGAAUAAGCUAGAUCAGACUUCUGCACUCUGCGAUAUGAUACCUACCACUCUUUCUAAAAGGGGGGGUCAGGGUUUCACAGACGUAAGGUUGGUUUUGGAACCUGAUAUCUGUGCAAUGUUCUGCUUGCCAAAUUGGGUGACUCCUUUAUAUUUUAAAAAAUAUUUCCAAAGGUUUUUAAAAUCAAUGUUAUAGAAUUCGUUAAUGAACUUUUAAGAACAUUUAAUGUUGUUUUCCCGCAGCCUUGAUAAUACGUGAUCUUUUAAGUUAUUUCAGUUAAUUGUCCGCACGUGUUUGCAUGUGUGUGAUAAUUAUGACGUGUCUGUGUAUGUUGCUCAUGCGUUGUCACGUUAGUUAACGUCCGCGGUACCAUGUGUGUUCAUGAGCGCGUUUGCCAUGUAGUUUGUCCGAUAUAGUGAAUACAUUUUGAAGUGAAAGGUCGGUCUGAGGAGAAGCUUUAAGAACAUUCCGUACGUUUUCUGUUUGAUGGCUUCAUAAGCCACGGCCAAAGAGAACUUGCUGUCCGAAUUGUGCUCCGUUUUUACUGUAAAUAAAAUCGUUAUUUACUCAGUUUUGUAAAUUCUUCAGUUUCUUUUUCAUAACCAUCAAUCCAUGACUUCCUUAUGAUUUGAUCUAUUUAAUAUAGAUGUCGUGAAUGGGGUUUUAUUUUAUCAUUCAUAUCUGGAAUGUCACUUAGUCAUUCUAACAGCUACUCCUAGUCAGAAUUGAUGUACGUGUUUGACUAAAUAGUAUGACUGUUAUAAACAAACGUCAAAUCAAUCCUGCUUUACUGUUUCUUGGUAUGAUUUUCUAAAUACCAACAUUGUUCAACCAAAAUAUGCACUUGUAAUCCGGCUAUUCAUAUUCGAGUCAUUUUCUCACAGGUCUAUUAUUUAUCUAGGUCUAUCUAUUAUAGACCAUUUCACAUGAAACACAUUUUUAUUUUAUUUUACAAAAAAAAGCUGUUUGGAAAUCAUAUUGUCUGCAUACUUGAAAUAAAAAUUGUUUCCAUA